CGGCUGACAUUAGAUGAUCGGCAGUACCUGUCGUUUUAGGGUUUAGCAUUAGACAGUGUGAGGAAGACGAUCAAAGAGAGAGAGAGAGACGCAAAUGCUCUAAGGAAUGUAACAUGGAUCCCAACGAGACCGCACAGCAGCUUCUUGCCCUUCAUGCUAGAAUUGUGGGAGACAUGGAGUCAGAGACUAUGGUCUGUACCACACAUCAACGUGUUGAAGAAGAGCCACAGUACACACAUAUUGACCAGAAUGAAUUCUCACAGAGAAGGCACAAGAAGCAGGAGGAGGAGGAGAUUGUCAUAUGUGAAUGCAAGUAUGAUGAAAAGGAUCCUGAAAGUGCAUGUGGAGAAAGGUGCUUGAAUGUGUUGACCAGCACGGAAUGCACUCCUGGAUAUUGCCCUUGUGGUGUCUAUUGUAAGAAUCAGAGAUUUCAGAAAUGUGAAUAUGCCAAGACAAAAUUGUUUAAAACAGAAGGCCGUGGUUGGGGUCUUUUAGCCAAUGAGAACAUUAAGGCAGGGCAGUUUAUUAUUGAAUACUGUGGAGAAGUGAUAUCAUGGAAGGAAGCAAAGAAAAGAUCUCAUGCUUAUGAAGUUGAAGGUAUCAGGGAUGCAUUUAUUAUUUCUCUCAAUGCCUCUGAGUCUAUUGAUGCCACUGUGAAGGGAAGCCUAGCGAGAUUUAUAAAUCAUUCUUGCCAACCAAAUUGUGAGACAAGAAAGUGGAAUGUGCUUGGGGAAAUUAGGGUUGGAAUAUUUGCAAAACAAGAUAUAUUAGCUGGAACUGAGUUGGCAUAUGACUACAAUUUUGAAUGGUAUGGGGGUGUGAAGGUUCGCUGCCUCUGUGGUGCACCCAGCUGUUCGGGAUUUCUUGGGGCAAAAUCUCGUGGUUUUCAGCAUCAAAUCAUCAUCUAUGACGACUCUAAGGAUGAAAAGGGUGAUACUUCUAGUCGAGGUAGUGGGGUUGGGUCUGAUACUGCAAUGGAUUCCACGACUCAAUCUAGUACUCAUGAGGCCAACACUUCUACUCGAGGUAGUGAGGUCGACUCAGAAUGUGUAAUGGAUUUCACAAGUGAAUUUACUACUUAUGAGAUUUUCAAGAGUAGAGAAUCCUUGAUGCUGUGGGCUCGUGAGGCCGGGAAACGAAACGGGUUUGUCGUUGUGACGGUACGAUCUGAUUUGGGUGGUAAAAGUUUGAAACCAAGAGUUACAUUAGGGUGUGAGCGUGGUGGAAAAUUUAAGGUUCACAAAGAAAGAUGUGAUAAAGGUGGGAAGCAAAGAUGUGGGACUGGCAGCAAGAAGUGUGGCUGUCCUUUCACAUUAAAGGGAGAGAAGUUAACAACUGGUGAUGGAUGGAUGCUAAAGGUAGUAUGUGGAGUGCACAAUCAUGCCUUAACCGAGUCUCUUGAAGGGCACUCAUAUGCAGGGAGGUUGUCUGAGGAGGAGACUUCACUCUUGAUAGACUUAUCAAAGAGUUUAGUACGACCCAAAGAAAUCUUGACCAAAUUGAAGCAAAGGGAUUCACUCAAUGUUACAACUAUAAGAACUAUCUACAAUGCACGCCAGAGGCAAAGAGUUAAAGAGAAAGCAGGGUGGUCUCAAAUGGAACAACUUUUAUGCAAGUUGAAUGAGCAUAAUUAUCUUGAGUGGCACAGGAGUUGCCCUAUUUCAGGGAGUGUGCUGGACUUGUUUUGGGCACACCCUGUGAGCUUGGAAUUGUUACGUGUAUUUCCAACCAUCUUGAUGAUGGAUUGCACUUUUAAAACCAAUAGGUAUCGUUAUCCUCUCCUAGAGGUUGUAGGUGUGACAUCUACUAAUAUGACAUUCUCAGUUGCAUUUGUAUUUUUGGAUUCUGAAAAAGAAGAUAAUUAUGUGUGGGCCUUGAAUAGAUUACGUGAUGUGUUGGAUGGGUGUGCUAUGCCCAAUGUUAUUGUCACAGACAAGGAUUUGGAAUUGAUGAGAGCCGUUGAGAUGGUAUUUCCUUCAGCUAGACAUAUGCUGUGCAAAUGGCAUAUCAAUAAGAAUGUGUUGGCAAAAUGCAGAAAUUUGUUUGAGUCCAAGGAAAAGUGGGAUAGGUUUAUUAUGAAGUGGAAUGUGCUUGUGACGUCACCUACUGAAGAAGACUACAUACAAGAGCUAGCAGUGCUACAGAGUGAAUUUAGUAAUUACACAGAGGUCUUGGACUAUGUUACAAACACUUGGUUGAAUCCUUUCAAGGAUCGAUUUGUGUCGGCCUGGACAGACGUAAUCAUGCAUUUUGGUAAUGUGGCAUCAAACAGGGCGGAGAGUGCACAUUCUAAGCUUAAGAGGCAACUUGGUUUGAGUCAGGGGAAUUUUGAGGGUUCUUUUGAGAAGAUACACGCUCUACUUGAGUUACAACACACUGACAUUAAGGCAUCUUUCGAGAAAUGUUUGACUGUUGUACGACAUAGCUCCUUGCCUUUAGAAUUCAAACAUCUAAGAGGAGUAGUUUCUACUUUUGCAUUGGACAAGGUAUUAUCUCAGUUUAAGUUAGCCACCUCAAUUGGAAUUGAUGAUUUUCAUUGUGGUUGUGUCAUACGUCGCACCCAUGGUUUACCUUGUGCCCAUGAAAUUGCCAAAUAUAAGAGGGAUUGUCAACCAAUUCCGCUCGAUUCUCUUGACCCCCAUUGGAGGAAACUUCAUAUGUCACCCUCUUCUGAUCCUAUUAAUGAUAAUAUGGAUGUUAAUGAAUUUCCUGAGUUGGAGUUGCUUCAACAGUACUUUUUAAAGACAAGUGCUGAUAAUCGGUUGAUGCUGCGGAAAAGAGUGAGAGAACUUGUACCAUCCCUAGCAACUCUUAUUGAACCAGGGGUGAAGUCCAGAACACGAGGUCAAUUGAAGGAGAGAAUUGAUAUGCCCAUUCAGAAAAACACAUCUGUGUUUGAGUUAAUACAAUCUGCAUCUGUGGAUAGUCAUUCACCUAGUGUGACUGGUGGUACAAUGGAUGUUUUGAAAAAAUCAACACAUAAGCAGACAGGGCCGAUGAAGGAGAAGGUUUACCGGACACUCUCAGCAAAAGUUAUGUCAUAUAUCGAUUCAUUUCCAGUGGGAUUGAUGCCUUACAUAGACCAAGUCAAGGAUGUAUGUGAUGAUGGUAACUGUGGGUUUAGAGCGGUCGCUGAUUUAGUAGGAUUGGGCGAGAACGCAUACUUGCAAGUGAGAAAUGACCUACUGACUGAAUUGUCUUCCUAUUCUGCACAUUAUAGUGAGCUAUACGGCAGCGCAGAGAAGGUUCGUGACUUGGCACAAUCACUUUCAUUCUUCAAUGAGGGUAGAGCGCCAUUUGACAGAUGCAUGACAAUGCCUGACAUGGGUCAUCUCAUAGCAUCAUGCUAUAAGAUUGUACUCUUCCACUUUUCAGCUACUCAAUGCCUUACCUUCCUACCUCUUCGAUCAACACCUGUUCCUUUGCCAAUGCGUAGACAUAUUGCUAUUGGUCUUGUUAAUGAUUCCCAUUAUGUUGAGGUAUUCUUAAAGCCAGGACAUCCUGUACCACCCAUAGAGUCUAAUUGGAUCAGAUAUCAUACACAAGCUGCCCAAGGGUGGGAUACUAUAUAUACUGAUUGUAUUGCACACUUCCAGUUGCUUGCCCGCUCGGAUAACAUUUGACUCAGUCAGGUGUGAGUGGAGCUGGAGGAGUUGCAAAACAUGCUUAGGAUGGAGGAUACAUACUUGUGGGAAGAUGACGAUGAAAGGUAUUCAGUUGAGAAAAUUCCGCUUUAUGAUUCGGCAGAGGAUGAGCCUUCUUCUAUGCUCUUCAAGACUGUCAACUCAAAUUCUGAAUUUGAUGUAAAAGGUAU